AUGAGGCGAGCUUUGAAAUUAUUGAGCGAAUCUGAAUAUCUGAGAACUCAUUCGUUAACUGAGAAAAAUCCCACAUGCAUAGAGUUCCUUAAAAAUGCUAAAGUUUAUCAGGAUCAACUGUUGAAUCAUUGGAAAUUGUUCGGAUCAGAUUCUAUUUCACACUAUAAUGAAAUUACAUCUAACGUUGAAGUGAAUAAUGACCGUCUUUCAUUUUUAAAAGACGAACAUUUUACAAAGAGAUUGGAAAAAUACAGCAAGCAAAGUAUAUGCCUGCCAGACAUGGCUAAAACUGUCUGUUAUGGAACUGAGUCAGUGCAAAAUUCGUGUUUUUUCAUAAAAUCUUCCAAAGAUAUUAAAUUAGUGACUGACUACUUUACACAUGCAUCCCGUGGACGAGAUAUGUUUUAUAAUAUACAACGGGAACGUAAAAUAUGGUGGAUGCGCUAUUCUGCUGAUCCUAGCCGGUAUGUUGUUGAGUCAUUUGAUGUAUCAGAAGAGAGCAGGGACGAAUUUACAAAGAAAUGCCAAUCAAUAACUAUAAAAUCAAAAACUUUCGGCAACACAAUUGAAAUGGAGACAAUAGUAUUAGCACAUCUAAAUGAAUUCGGUCAAUUGAAUACAAUUUUAAAUAAUGAUGUUUCAGUAGUUAGAUCCGUGGUUGAUUUAAAUUUGGCCACCGCCGGCUUACUUUUAGAUGGUGUAACUGACGAACAUGGGAGAGAUGUACUAAAGCUAAACCGAAAAUUGGCACCAUACCAGUGUUUAUUGGUGUCCGGAGAAAUUAGUAAUGAAAUUUUGAAUGAAUUAUGCGUUCAUUUAAAAUAUGUUUUAAAUCGUGCUGGACUCAGAUUGUAUGACAAUCACAUAAGUGAUGCAGAAGAUGUUGGUAGCAUUUGGAGUAAGGCUGAUGUACUUGGAAUUCCUUAUGCAGUUAUCGUUGAGAAAAAUGCUUUGAAAACAGGUCUGUUACGUUUGCGAAAUCGUGACACUACACUAUCAGAAACCAUACAUAUAAGUGAUUUGAAACCAUAUUUAUUGAAGCUUUUUAAAGAAUAA